GCACGCUAUAACGUCUGUUUGUAACAACAGUACGUAGAAAAAAGUAGAAAGUGGAAUGUGAGUUUUCUUAGUCAUAAUCGACUCAACAAAUUGGUAGAAACAUAUUAAGCGGUUGUACGGAGUCACUGAUUAGUAUUUGUUAGCGUUUCCUUUUAGGAAGCGGAAUAUUUGGGUUCCAGCCGUUAAAAAUAAUUGGCAAAACAAAAAAGAAACUACCGGUAUGUCUGUUCAUUUUGAUGAAAGAAGCGGUGUGAUUCCUUGUAAAACGCCAUGGGGUCUGUGGUACCAAACCAUGGAGGACGUGUAUAUUGAAGUUAAUGUCCUUCCAGGAACCUCUGCCAAAGAAAUCAAAUGCAAUCUGGGCAGCAAACAGAUAUCACUUUCUGUGAAAGGACAAGAAAUGUUCAAGGGGAAACUAUUCGGUUCAACUAUCGAAGAUGAAGCAACCUGGACGUUAGAGGAUAAGAAGCUUAUCCGCAUUUCUUUAAUGAAGACCAGCCGAGAGGCAGGUAACUGUUGGACAUCGCUUUUAGAAGGGGAGUAUUGUGCAGACCCCUUGGUUCAGGAACAGAUGCAGAAGAAGCUCACACUGGAGAGAUUCCAGAGGGAGAAUCCUGGUUUUGACUUCAGCGGUGCCGAUAUUUCUGGGAACUACGCUGGAGGUGGACCUGAUUUUUCUAAUUUAGGAAAAUAGUUGUUUUUAAUGGAGUAAUAACCAAGACUUUGAUACUUGUUGCCUCUCCAUUAUUUUAACAACAAACCCCACCUGCGACUCGGGUAACUUGGGAGCUUUAAAACAUGUUUCACAAACAAACUAAUCUACAGCACAAUGAGGAGUGGUGAAGAAUGUAGAUGCUUUCUUUUAACUCUUUAAUGAGUGUAGGUGUCAUGAAACAGACAGGUUCAGAAGACAUUAAAGCAAAAUUAUUAGCAACUCUA